AUGUCUAAGGCAUGCAGGAUGUUGAAUCUGGACGAGGAUGGAUCUUCUACUCCAAAUACAGCAAUAAUUAAAUUAGAUCAAAAUAUGACAACUUUCUUAACACCAUCACCAUAUCAUUUGCUAGAUCAUGAAUAUGGCAUGACACCACAAAAUCAAAUCAUUCCAAAUCCUCUUACAUCACCAUUAACAAAGUCACAAGGUGUAAAACGAAGAUUAAAUUUAGAGUCACUCAAUUUUGGAUAUGACGAUGUUACACCUUCAACAGCUAAGCUAAUGAGAAAAUGGUCCAGUUCAAGUGCUGGCAGUGAACCCAGUCCUGCUCAAAAUGUAGCAGGAAAGAAGUGUUCUGAACGUCCAACACAUGGUGUUGUAGAUUUAAAUAUAGCAUCAGAAAAGUUGGAUGUACAAAAACGAAGAAUAUAUGACAUAACCAAUGUUCUAGAAGGUAUUGGAAUUUUGGAAAAAAAAUCCAAAAAUAAUAUUCAAUGGAAUGGAAAUGCAUUUGGGUCGGACAAAAAUAAUGUUCAACAGGACUUAGAAAAAAUGAAAGCCAAGAAGAAGAAUUAG